ACAAAGUGUAUCAUAAGCUCCGAGGAGCUCAUACCGAACUUCCUCGAUGGACGUGUGGUUCGUGACGACGCAGUACCCAAAGUAUGGCGACCAUCCUCCGUACGAGACCGUGAGCCACCCGGCUGUGUCCAGUCACAGCCGUCCGUUCUCCAUGCACGUGCCCAGUAUCUACCUGGUCUGGGAUUCCAAGCUUGGAGUCAUCGCAUUGCGUCGUCGAGAGCGGCAGUUGGCCGUCAGUCGCUGCGGUUUAGUUCUCGCAGGCGUGUACUUUAGGAUCGACCAGGCCGCCACUCUGCAGAUCCCUGUGGCGCUCAAGAUCAUGGAUCGAGCUCAAGUUUUGUUACAGCGAGACGACGUGGAGAGCGAGAUCCGCGUCAUGGGGCAACUGCAGAUGGGCGGACUCGACGCUCCUUUGGCCAACGAGCACAUGAUCCGCUGGGAAUACGCCAGCGAUGUCUACAACCAAUAUGUAGCCACGGAAUAUGUAGCCAAUGGCAGUUUACAGGCCUAUGCCCAUCGACGGGUACAUCAAUUGAUGUUCAGACACCUGCAAGAAUUCGCACAGGAGCACGGAACAGCGCCGACCAAGCUGGAGUGCAUUUCCUAUGUGUAUCGAGGCUCUGGGCACGAGUGGAUGCGUGAGGGAAUUGGAAUCUUCAAGGGAAUUGUACGGGCGUUGACGUAUUUACACGCACAGAAUGUGGCGCACUUGGAUCUAGAUGUUUACAAUGUGGCGGUGGACGUACGGACGAGUUCGAGGAUCAUCGAUCUCGGUAGCAGUCAGAUCAUGGACAAUAGAGGUCUCGUGGGCGAAGGGUAUGUUAGUAUCAAGUGUAAACCAUUGUUUGUGGCUCCAGAAGUGAGGUCACACCAGAGGAUGGCGCCGCCCAGACCAGGGUUUAAUGGUGCAGCGGCGGAUAUGUGGGCGACAGGGGUGAUUCUGGUGCAGUGCGUUGUUUGGGGCUUCCGUGGUGGGCCAACGUAUUUGCUGUCCAAUACGAACUGGCGGAGAGAAGUGUUUAGCCAUAUCGAUGCGGCUUGCAGCCCCAAGACGUGUCAUUUGUGUGUGAAUUUCAUCUCCAUUCCACCAUUAAUUGGCGCUAUUAUCAAGCAGCUGCUGCAUGUGGACCCGAAGCAGCGACCUUCGGCGUAUGAAGUGGCAAUGGCUUUGCAGGAAAACCGCCAAGUGCAAUUGUUCCCUGUACACCCGAGAAUACAAGGAUAAACGACUGGCUACAGUACAAGAGGCCCGUAAUUCUGCAGUAUCAUACAGCCACAUGCCCGAUUGGAAAAGCAAAAUCGCUUGCAGAGAAUCAUACCAGGACUUUGCGAUGGUACCGUGUGCAAAGCGGCAAGAAAUUAUUCUAGUUACUGUUGGAUACUAGCGGUGUUGUAAAGGCGGAAAGCAGUUGUGCCGACGAAGCGGUAGACGACGAAGACGACGUGUACUGGCGCAAGACGUGCUGCUCUUGCAAGACGGACAUCGUGAACGUGAAGUCCUCCUGGCAGGAUUGAUAAAGCCGACAGUCAGUGUUAAUAUUGCUAGCCAGACUAGAUCUACACUACACUAAAGAGUAAGUAGCUUCGUACUGAGAACAACGUAAACUCUCCGUGCUCGUUUUCUUCGCCGCAGGAAUUGAAGAUCUUCAUAAGCGCUCGGUUAUUAAGUUCAGGAAGUUUGGAUAGCACCAUGGUCGAGAACGCUGCCACAUGUAUCACGUUCGUAAGAUAAGUGCGUACAAGACACGCAUAACACCAGAACCUCAGAUCUGCGUACCAUCAAAAUGCACAAUUCCAGCGGCUGGGACGAUCUCUUUGAAAAGCACCGCCCACUCGUCUCGUACUCUUCAGCAUCAUUAAGUUAGACAGAAAAGAGAGUGAAAGUAUCGUUAAAACGCACCUUAGUUGGUACUGCAUCCAGACUUUCAUGAUCGAAUCCAGCACGUCGUCAAGCGGAAGCAUCGACAACAUCGUGACUGAGGACCGUGUCACUGAGCCCAUAAUAUUCUGACGUGAAGGUAUUAAUAUAGUCUGGAAAGCAAGCAUUCGAUCACACUGUUCUUUGUUAUCAAACAGUCGACUGACGAGAGGAUCAUCAACCAGUGUCUUCAGUGUAGACUGGGACACAGUGCACGAAUUAAAGGAUGCAGC